AUGAAUACCUCCCUUACAUGCAUUCUGCUUGCUUGUGCCAUGUUGGCUGGGCUGUGGGGCUCCGCCGAUGGCCGCAAACUCCACCUGGGUUCCUGUACCCUGACGGUUCACACUCAUGAGCUCAGGCACCAUUUUCAUCAGAUCCGCCACAAUAUGCUCACACAGGACAACCACAAGGGUGUGCGGCUUCUGAGAGGCGACAUGAUGAAGAACUUGCAGGCUGCAGAGAGCUGCUGCUUCCUGAGGCAACUCCUACACUUCUAUCUUGAGAAGGUCUUCAGUGGUUACACAAACAGUCAGUCCCUCCACCGCAGAACCACCAGCGUCCUGGCCAACUCAUUUCUCAGCAUGACCAAGGACCUGCGAGCAUGUCAUGCUCAGAUGCACUGCCAUUGCAGUGAGGAAACCAACAAAAAGUUUGAUGCCAUUCAGGGCGUCUAUGACAAGCUGGAGAUUGGGGCAGCAUCUGUAAAGGCCAUAGGAGAGCUGGACUCUCUACUGGAGUGGCUUGAUAGCUUCCACACCGAAAAAAGCAACAAACCACACCACGCCAACCAUCACGAUGAUGAUGAAAACUAG